AUGAAUAUGGAGGAUAUCUGGAGCAUGAUUUGUGGGUAUUCUGGUUAUUUUGAGAGUGGAAUAAAGCCUUUCAGUCAUGAUUUCAUGUUAUUGAGAGAUCCUUCCACACGCUUUACCCAUUUGUUGGUCAUUUGCUUUGACGUGCAUUUGGGUUUUAGAGGAAGAAUUAAGGAAAACAGACACUGUUUUUCCUCUAACUUGGUGGUUAUCAGAACUCUUUCAAGGAUUCACAUGGUUGUUAGUAGGUUUAAUCGUAAGUCUUCAGUUGAAACUGCUAACGAUAUUGAUUCUAGCAGCUAUGUAACCCCAUUUUCGAAAGCUGGAUUCUUUAGUCGAAUGACAUUUUGGUGGCUGAAUCCAUUGAUCAAAAGAGGUAAAGAGAAAACACUUGAGGACGAGGAUGUCCCAAUGCUAAGAGAGUUAGAUCGAGCAGAAACUUGUUACCCGAUGUUCGUAAAAGAAAUGAACAGACAGAAACAAAAAGAACCAUCAUCAGAGUCAGUUUUAUGGACAAUUGUUUUGUGCCACUGGAGAGAGAUUUUGAUAUCUGGGCUCUUUGCAUUCCUCAUGGUACUGUCUCAGGCUGCUAGUCCUUUACUUCUAAGUGCCUUUAUAUCGGUUGCUGAGGGUAAUGAAACUUUCAAAUAUGAAGGUUACGUAUUGGCAAUAUCACUUUUCCUUAUAAAGAUCAUUGAAUCCUUCUCACAAAGGCAGUGGUAUUUCCGUAGUAGACUUAUAGGAAUGAGGGUUAAAUCACUCCUUUCUACGUGCAUUUAUAAAAAGCUACUAAAGCUGUCUAAUGUCGCUAAAUUGACACACUCUGGUGGUGAGAUAAUGAAUUAUGUGACUGUGGAUGCUUAUAGAAUUGGAGAACUUCCAUUUUGGUUUCACCAGACAUGGACAACAAGCAUCCAACUAUGUAUUGCAUCGGUAAUACUUUUCCAUACCAUUGGGCUAGCAACAAUUGCCUCAUUGGUAGUGAUAGUUCUCACCUUGCUUUGCAAUACUCCACUAGCAAAGUUACAACACAAGUUUCAGACCAAACUCAUGGUGGCUCAGGAUGAGAGACUGAAGGCAAGUUCUGAGGCUCUCGUGAAUAUGAAAGUGCUAAAACUAUAUGCAUGGGAAACUCAUUUUAAAAUUGUUAUAGACAAGUUACGUAAUUUAGAACUCAAAUUGUUAUCGUCAGUGCAAUUAAGAAAGGCAUACAAUAUAUUUUUGUUUUGGACUGCACCUAUUUUGCCCACUGCUGCUUCUUUUUGGGCAUGUUAUUUCCUGAAAAUUCCAUUACAUGCAAAUAAUGUUUUCACCUUUUUGGCUACUUUACGCCUUGUGCAAGAGCCUAUUACAGCCAUUCCAGAUGUUGUUGGGGCAAUCAUUCAAUCAAAUGUUGCUUAUUCCAGGAUUCUUAAAUUCCUCCAAGCUCCUGAACUUCAAAGUGAAGAUUUAAGGAACAGGAAUUCUGAUGAUAACAUUUUAGGCUCAAUUUUAAUCAAAUAUGCUGACUUUUCAUGGGAAGGUAUAAUGAAUCAAGGCCAACAUUGA